UUUGAUUCUUUGAUACUUCUACCACAGGGGAAUAGCGAUUUGGGAAGGAGAAGAAGCAGGAGCAAAAGCACAGAACUAUGGAUGAGCAAUAUCACGAAAAGGAGAACGUCAACCCGGAGAAGACUCCAGGUCGUAGGGAUUCUUUGGCUAGAGGAAUCUUGAAGUACAGAAAUGAAACUGACAACAACCUCACCGUCCCCAUCAGGGAUCCCAAAGUUGGAAGAUUGUCACUGGGAGCCAAGGAGAGCUAUAAAAGAAGAGUAUCCUUUGCGCCAGAAGUGACUCUACACAAGAUUGAUUUGAUUCCACAGUCGCUGUAUGAAGAUGACCAACGUCCAAGAAGAAGAGAAACAAUUGCCGUGGUGCCACACACUCCCAGACAAAUGGCUCCUGUAGCCCUGUACAAGGAGAAGCAGGAAGGGACCGAACCAGAUAUCCUCUAUGAUAGUUCGGAUAUUGAAAUGGAGGACGAUAGCCAUGUGUACUCCUCCCCAAGGAGGGCACUGGCUUUUAAGAUUCAUGAAGAUGGUCAAGAUGAUGGACAUGUGCAACAAGAUGACGAGGACAGUACAAUGGAUUUGACUAAACCUUUGGGUAAUAUACAACAAAUGGCGCAAUACGAAUUGCCACUGGAGCACAAUACUGAAGAAGGUCAAGGUGAUUCCAAGUACUCAGAGAAAUCCAGACCGUUUGGAGCUAUCACUUCACUGUUCUCAGACGAAGACGAAGACGAGGAAGAUGAUGGCGAAGAAGUUGAGAUGGAACUUACCCAACCAUUAUCACAACAAGAGAAAUCUGACUUAGAGGACCUUGGAAAUAAUUCAACAAUUGAAAUGCCAAUGGAUAUUUCCGAGGCAGACGCUACAGCAGACGACGAAUCUAUGGUGGAGUCAACAAUGAUCAGUAUUGGCACAGAGGAUCCAAUCACCAAGAAGAAUACACUAUUGAACAGGAAAAUAAACACAACUCCAGAAGUUGAAGAUCAAAUUAUGAAUAUGGAUCAAACGAGAACGUUAGGGUCAAUUACUCAUCAUCAAGACGAUUACAUGGAGUUGACAAUGAACCAGACGAACAUGUUGGACGGAUCUAUUCAGCAACAAUCUGUUACUCCGGUAAAUGUUAUGAGAGCCACUGUUACACCUCUGAAGACUAUUAGAUCCCAUACUUCUGUAACAGGCUCUCCUAUAUCAUCAAAGAGAAAAUAUGUGGAUGAUGAUAACGUUACAAUGGAUCUCAGAGCGAAGUUGAACUCUAUCACGCCAAAGAAAAAACCUGCCAUUAAAGAUUCCCUACAAGGCCGCCAGAGCUCAAUAGUUCCGUUUGAAACUGUUUCAUCUGUUCUAUCAUCUCAGGUGAGCUCACAAGAGGAAUUAAAAUCCUCUUUUACACCCCUCCGAUCCUCCACUCAAAGUUCUAGAAAGUCCUUAAGUUCUACUAAGAUUGAAUUCAGCUUGACACAAAAAGUCCCUUUGGCUCCAUCUCAUGAAAAUGGAGAAAACUCUGAACCGGUCCCAGAAGAAUACGAACCAGUCUCAUUGGACCAAUUUAUUGGUGAUCUCUCAAUCGAAUUCUUCGAUGAUUUGAACAUAAAUGAGGACUUUACAGCAGAGAUUCAACCACUUUCGAAUCCAAAGUCAGCAAAUCUCUUAGACUUUAUUAUUGCAAAGAAUGUUAAAGUUCCCUGGUUAGAACUAUACAGUUUCAGCUGUGAUGAACUACAGAAGAAUAUGAAUGAGUUGAAGUUGCUGUUCGACAACCUGAGUGAUGAGUUUGCAGAUGAGAAUCCGAGAAUUGUUCGUGAAUACUAUGAAACCUCAAGCCUGAAGCAGCAAAAAAAGUUGGGUGAUCAUCUAAUACAAAUGAAACAGUACUCUGAUCACCAGGCUGAGAUAUCGUGGUAUUCAUGGAGAGAAAAAUUGUUAGACGAGCUUCAACUGAGAUUGGAUAAAAACUUAGGAAGCUUGAAAUCAGAUUGUGAUGUUUUGAACGACUUGCUUGUACAAGCUGAUGAGCUCUGUGAAUCUCUCAAAGAAGAAAACUUGAUAUUAGAGAGCAAUAUUGAAUCGCUUGAGACGAAAAAGAGACUAUAUGAGUCCUCUGAAAGAGAGUCUUUGAUUCAAACUCGUAAACGACUACUGAAUGAGGUCAAUGAAUUGGAAAGCGCAAAAGCUGAAGAAAAAACUUUGCAACUGCAAUUAGAGAAACUUGAAAGUGGACUAUUUGAUACAUCAUCUAUGGAGGAAACUGUUAAUCAGAAAAGAGAUUUAGUAGCUCGAUAUACGGAGGACCCGUACUCAAGAGUUCUAAGAUUGGCUUCAAAUUUCCGCAUUUUGGGGUCUGUGACGGGAUUAAAGCUCAAAUCAUUACAGGGAUCAACUCUAAAGAUGGUUACAAACUCAAAGAUGGAACUUUCAUACAAUUUUUCUACAGAUGAAAAAGAACUCGAAUUGCCAGAAACUGCUUCCGAUAUUACGCGGGUAUAUUUGACCAAGUUUGACGAUAAGAACAAAUCAUUGGAAUUCUCACAAUAUCUGAAACAGUCUGCUGCUCUAUACAAUAGAAUCAUCCAGCUAGAAGAAGAUCUGUACCAAAUGGGAUUAUUUUGGCCUACCUCAAUGAGAAGAUCUGAUAAUGGGAUUCAGGUUUUUCUUUCAAUUUUCAACAAAAGACUCAGAUAUAAAUAUAAAAUGACAUUGAACUUCACAAAUGAGGAUAUCAUGACAUCUUCCUCACCCUCGACGACGUCUGUUGACGUCAUUUACGGUCAAGUUGACUCAAACAUGAUCUUUGAUGAGUUCAAAUCAAUCUUUCCAGACAAUUACUUCUUACACGGGAUCAAAGAUCACACUAUAACCACUACGUGUUCGAUAUAAGUAAACAUAUUUUGUUACUCAUUUUCUUUGUAUUAGUAAUAAUAUUGACAAAACAGUAUAACACACGGUGAUUAACACCAAUCAGUAAAAGCAGAAUGUUAAGUUGAUUAAACAAGUUGUAGGGAUUGUUUGCAACAUUUAAAUCAAGAAGGCAACAAUG